CUUACAUAAUCCAAACUGCACUAGAAUGCUACCAAAUGUCAACGACCACAGAACUCCAGUUUGCAAAAAAAAUCAAGAUGAGAUUUAUCUAUUAGUUUCCACAUUCUUCUGCUUGACAGAUUCUUAAACAUUUACGCGCCACGAUGAAAAAAUGGAACCUGUGUACUGGCAGGGGGAUAUCGGAAACUAGAAGUGCUUCUAAGCUUCAUCUUAUGAUCUGUGAGAUUGAAGGUUUUCCAAUUGGAGAUAUCACAAACAAGAAAUUCUAUAUAAAAGUGCAGAUAAAAUGGAAAGCCAAGAAAAGUUACUUUUAUGGAGGAGCUAGAGAUAAAAGUAAUACUACAAGGCAGUGUGUAGAGUCUGAUGGAUGUGUCCGAUGGAACGAAGGCUUUGAGCAUAACUGCAACUUCAGAGUGAAGGACCACAGCAGCAGCGACUGGAAGAUUGAACUUAAGAUUCAGGGACAGGAUGCAGAAUCGAUUAGUAAACCUUCUCUUUUAGCCAAAGUCAGCAUAGAUACUGCAGAAUUUGCUGGUCUGACUAAUAACACCGAGAAAAAACUGGAACUCCCUUUUGCAUGCUUCAUCAGCGAGUCCACAGUUGGGGCCAGACUGAUAGUGAAACUCCGCUGCCCAGAAGCAAAACCCCAGCAAAUAAAUGGCAGUGUGCACCCUGUUUCUCCUACGCAGAAACUAGUAUCUUCACCCUCAUUUUUCAGCUUCGAGGAUCAGAGCACCAACAGAAAGUGUAGCUUAUCUUCAGACUCGGAGGAUGAUGAACAAAGCUACAAAAGGAUAAUUGAAACAAACUUGCAGAAUACUGGUCUAGCAGAUGACAGGGUUAUAUACAACAAGGAUGAGAGCUGGGAAGAAAACCAUCCAUCAGGUUACCAGGAGAUGAGCAAACCAUCGUUACUUAGACUUAUGUCAUGGAACGGUAAAAGUCAUGGAUCCAAAGUACCAGAUCAUCCCCGUGAUACACCGCUCUUAAACAAGGCAUACAGUGAAGAUGGAGGAGAUGAUAUUGACCAUGCUCGUCGUUGUCUCUCAUUAUCCUUGGAAUUGAAAGAUAGAAAAGCAAAGAAUGAGUUUCAGUCAUCAGAAUUCAUGGGCAGCGAUCGGUUUGAAGUAGGCAAGUGGGAGAAGAGAAAGUUCAAGAGCAGAGAUGGAAAACUGGAACUUGUGACAGAGAUGUUCCUAGCCUCUAUCGAUCAGCGGAGCGAUAAAGCAUCAGGUGAAGGUGCCUGCAGCGUGCUUGCUGCAGUGAUUGCAGAUUGGCUCCAUCAGAACCCGAAAUUCUUACCUCUAAAAUGUCAAUUUGAUAAACUGAUCAAAGAGGGGUCUUUGGAAUGGAGAAAGUUGUGCAAAGAGGAGAGUCAUAAAAGGAAGUUUACUGAUCAACACUUUGACCUUGAUACAGUGUUGCAAGCUCAAGUUAGACCAUUGAUGGUGGUGCCUGAAAAAUCCUACAUAGGCUUCUUUGAACUUGAAAAUAUGCCGAAUCAGUUGGAUUUCCUGCAAGGAGCAAUGUCAUUUGACAGCAUAUGGCAGGAGCUCCAACAAAGUGAACCAGCUUUAGAAGACCAGAUCUAUGUUGUCAGUUGGAAUGACCAUUUCUUUGUUCUCAAAAUAGAAAAAGAUGCAAUAUACACAAUUGACACACUUGGGGAGAGGCUCUCGGAGGGAUGUCGCAACGCAUACAUAUUGAAGUUCAAUAAAGACAGUAAGGUUUAUAGGGUGCAACCAAAGUCAGGCAACUUGAAGAAAGGUUCAAAUUCAAGCAACUUGAAGAAGGAAUCAGAAGACAAUCAACAAACUGAACUAAGCAACUCAGAGAAAUCUAACAAAAGAGAACGUCAUGAACUGAUCGGUGAAGGCAAGUUAUGUUGCAAAGAAUUCAUCAAGGGGUUCCUUGCUGCAGUCCCACUUGAAGAAUUGCAAGGUAACAUCCAAAAGGGACUCGGUAACAAAGAUCCUCUCCAUCGGCUCCUGCAAAUUGAGUUCCAAUACAUGACCCCGUAUCCAUUAAGCACCCAAUAAGGUUUUCCUUGUUGCAGUCCUACUCGAAGAAUUGCAAGGUAACACAAAAAAGGGAGACAUUAAACAAAAUAAGCUGGGAUAAGAGAUCCUAAAGCAAGCAAACAACCCCUUCUCGCCUACUUGUAAUUUGUACAUCUUUUAAAUGUUCACAACCACCCAAAAUGUAAUGUGGCUACUAGAACGUAUUUCCUGACUAUCAGCAAGGCACUCAAUACAAACUCUGUCCAAUUAAAAAAAUUGUUAUGAAUGAGGAUAUGAGUCGGUUGUGAUGAGGCCAUGAUGAUUAUGGCUUUCCUCCUGUGUAAUCAUCAGCUGGAAGAAUAGCUAAGACCCAACCAGAUGUUUCCUAA